GGGAUGCCGGGUUAUCGAUAGCCGCCAAACGCGAUAUCCCGGACAUCAGCACGCGACAGUGUUUAGGCAUGCACGCAUCCCGCCGCAGUAUGGCGAACACCGAAGUGGAGCUAUGAUAGAAUUGAGGGGAUAAUGCUGGAAUGGUGGGGGUCCUACAUCGAACAGGAUGGAGUGGUCGUGGGGCUGCUGCCAUCAGCCUGGAUAGAUUUAUUGCGAGCUUGCAGCAGCUGAACCACAAGGGACUGAAUCAGCUCACCGAGAAUACAAAUGGAAAGCCUUGCAAGCCAUUGACAAUUGGUCUGGCAAUCAGCGGUGGCGUGGAUUCCAUGGCCCUGGCCUCUCUCUGCUCUAGAAUUCAAAGCAAGGAUCGAUUUAAAUUCCGUGCCUUCGUCGUAGACCAUAAAGUCCGCGCUGGAAGCGGCGAUGAGGCUCAUGCCGUUGCUAAAAUCCUGGGGGAGAAAGAUAUUCCCACGGAUGUACUCAAAAUCGAAUGGCCAGAAGGGCUGAAUCCCAAAGAAGCGUCAAAUUUUGAGUCUCUUGCCAGGACGUACCGCUUUCAAGCUCUGGGGAAGGCAUGCCGCGACCAUGGCAUCCAAUCCCUCUUUCUUGCCCAUCACCGCGAUGAUCAAGCUGAAACCGUCUUGAUGAGGAUGAUUAAUGGUCACCGAAAGGAUGGUCUUUGCGGAAUGCGAUUGUCUGGUGACAUUCCAGAGUGUCGUGGAAUCUAUGGCGUACACCAGAGUGGUGUAGUUGAUGCUUCGGCGCCCGCCAGCCAAAUUAAGUUUGGUAGUGGAAUGGACUUGAACAAGUCUCGUUCUUUGGACUCAUCAGACGAUACCACGUCCUCUUUAGACAUGCGGAUAGAAUCCGGCGGAAUCAAAGUCUACCGCCCUCUCUUAUGCUUUACCAAACAAGAGCUCAGGGAUACAUGUGAAGCCAACGGCAUGUCUUGGUUUGAGGACAACACAAAUGCAGAUCCGACGCUCACCAUGAGAAAUGCAAUCCGCCAUAUCUAUGCGAACAAUAAGCUCCCCGUGGCGCUUCAAAAGCCUUCUAUUCUUGCACUAGCCAAAAGGCUACAGGAAAACAGGGACAGGGACGUGGAAAGGCGCAACAAGUCCUUUGCUCAGAAAGUUCAGAUCUUAAAGUUUGAGCCCAGUGUGCCAUAUUGCUCGGUUUAUUUUGAGCCUUUGGAUAUGGAAUAUAACGCCAAGGGCUCGGCCGGAAUUUCCAGCACCGAGUUCGAGGAUGCAAGUUGGUGGCUCCGUGCUGUUAUCCAGUUGAUCUCUCCCGUUGAGAAUAUUGCCCUUGGGACAUUGAGUACUGCGGUGCAACGAAUAUAUCCGGAACUUGGUUCACAAGUAGGACAUGAUUCAGCACCUCGGAAAGCAUUUACUGUGGCGGGCGUAAUGUUCGAGCCUGCGCCUUCUCAUACGCAUGACAGUCGUCUGCUUUCCAGCCACACAGAUACCAACCCGACGGCAAGUGAAGGGUCGACGCUCGCCCAUCAACAGAUAGCGAACCGGCACUGGAUUAUCAGGCCGCAGCCGUUUAAGAGGGGCAAAGAGCCUCGUCUAGACUUUAUACCAUUCCAGGGAAAAGACGAAGAGGCAUAUUGGAGAGAUAAUGAUUCCUGGAAGCUAUUUGAUGGCCGGUUCUGGAUCCGCAUUUUGAAUCUGACGUCCACAAACAUAUCUCUACGGCCGUUUCAGGCAGAGGAUGUGCAUAAACUUAAAGGAACGAAAUUUAUGGAGCAGCUGGAACAGCGGGAAAAGCUGCUACUGCCUCUGAAAGCCUCGAAAUUCAGAUAUGUGUUACCGGCGAUUGUGGCUGAGGUGGAUGGCACUGAACGGGUUGUAGGGCUUCCUACCCUUGGUAUUCUUGCACAGGACUUCGAAAAUCUGGUGAAGUAUGAAGUCAGGUAUAGGGGCUUGGGUUCCUGGCCGAAUUAAUAUUACAUUGGGGAGCAUGUUUGAUUUAGGCGUGUAUAGAAGGCAUCGACGGACCAGCAAAAUAAUUAAAUUUAGUCU